AUGUCCGCCUCCGCGUCCGCGCUCGUCGCGCCCUCCGCCGUUCGCGGACUCGCUUCCCAUCGCGUCGUUCGCCGCGCGGGCGCCCGCCGCCGCUGCGUCGCCGUCGCCGCGGCCGCCGACGCGGUCAAGUUCUACAAGUAUCAGGGUCUCGGCAACGACUUUGUGCUCGUGGACAACAGGGACAGCUCCGAGAUCAAGCUCUCGUCCGAGCGCUGCGCGCAGCUGUGCGAUCGCAACUUCGGCAUCGGCGCCGACGGCGUCAUCUUCGCGAUGCCCCCCGGCCUGGUGCAGAAGGACGAGGACUACUCCAUGCGCAUGUACAACUCCGACGGCACCGAGCCCGAGAUGUGCGGCAACGGCAUCAGGUGCCUCGCCAACUUCGUGGCCAAGAUGGACGGCGCCGACCCCAAGGCGUACAAGGUCGGUACCCUCGCGGGCCUCAUCCAGCCCGAGGUUCGCGCCGACGGCCAGGUGAGCGUCGAUAUGGGCGAGCCCACGCUCGACCCUCCCAAGGUUCCGUGCACCUUCGAAGCCACCCAGGACGGCGCCGCGGUCCGCGCCAAGAUGGAGGUUGACGGUGAGACCUGGCUCGUCACCGCGGUGAGCAUGGGCAACCCCCACUGCGUCACCUUCGGCAAGGAGGGCGAGUGCGACGAGGAGGGCAUCAAGGUCGAUUCCUUCGCCCUGUCCCACUACGGCCCGAUGUUCGAGAAGCACCCGGCCUUCCCCGCCAAGACCAACACCGAGUUCACCGAGGUUGUGAACAGGAACUACGUCAAGAUGCACGUGUGGGAGCGCGGCGCGGGCGCCACCCUCGCGUGCGGCACCGGCGCGUGCGCCACCGUCGUCGCGGCGGUGCUGGAGGGACGCACGGAGCGAAAGUGCACGGUUGAGCUGCCGGGCGGGCCGCUCGAGAUUGAGUGGCGCGAGAGCGACAACAGGGUCAUCAUGACCGGCCCCGCCGAGCUCGUCUUCGACGGCGUCGUGGCCGUGUGA